CCAAGUCACACAACACGUAAGAAUGAGAGAAUGAUGGUGCUGUGCGGAUUUUGACCUAGUACGUGGACCACCAUUAUUGCCGCCAUGUCUGGUGCUCCCGCUCUGAAGCGGGGUGCAAGCAGAGUGGUCAAGCUCGUGAGGAGCGCCUCGUACGUCCUGGAACACACCUCAGCUGCCACCCUUGCGGAGUCGGCCUCAAUCACUCUCGCCAUUUACACCUUCUUCUUUGCCUUCGGUGAGGAGAGGAGAGGGGAGGGGUGUGCUACGGGAGAGGACGACGCUCUGUGUGUAUUCGGGUGUGUGUGUGUCAUUGCAGGCCUUUCGCAGCAGAAGAUAUAUCAAUAUGGCACAGGUGAGCAACACACAGCAAACGCCAUGUGCUGGUUGUGUUGUGCGUUGGUGACUGUGUUGUGUGUGUUGUGUGUGUGUUGGUGGUCUGUCUGUCUGUCUGUCUGCAGGGCACGACAAGUUCCGCUACAGCAACUUCCUGCUGCUGGUGUCAUCGAUGGCCAACUUCGUGCUCUCCUUCGGCAUCAUCCUGGUGCGGAAGCGGUUCUCGUGGCACCGUGCCACACAGCACCUCUGCACAAAGGCCGUCCUCAACCGAGUCGUCUUCCUCGGUGAGCGAGCGACUCGAUGCUCACAUGGAUGAUAUGUGUCGAUUGGUGUGGUGGUUUUGAUAGAGAUCUUUUACUGUUCGCUGACGAGUGUGCUGGGCAAGGUGAGUGGGUACCAUGCCCUGACGCUGGUGGACUACCCCACACAAGCACUGGCCAAGUGCGCCAAACCGGUAGGUAGGCAGGCAGGCAGGACAGACGGCAGGCAGGGAACCCUCCACUCCUUUGCACUCUCCUGCUGUGUGGGCGAUAGGAACGACGUGUGUCUGUCUUGUCUGUCUGUCGAGUGCAGGUGUCGAUAGUGAUAUUGGGGUUCCUCCACUUCAAGCGUCGGUACAGCACCAGCGAGGUCGUCAACGCCUUCUGGAUCGUCGGCUCACUCGUCAUAUUCAACCUGGCCAACAUCAAAGCCGCUGAAAACAAUGUGGGGGGGGCGAGCAAGCAGCGAAUGGACGGACAUCGGGAGGCUCACCUCACUUGGCAUCUGAGGUGCGCGCGCGUGUGUGUGUGCAGGCUGUCAACACUCUGUGGGGUAAUCUGAUGCUGCUCUUCUCGUUGACGUGCGAUGGGAUGACGGGAUCACGGUACGCCUUGCUUGCGAUCCGCUGAGCGCAGAGCACAGGAAGCCCGCUGCCCAUGUUCUCUCUGUGUUUGUUGGUCGUUCAGGCAGGAUGUGUUGUCGCGUCAGUUCCGGUUCACGUCCUACGAGAUGAUGUGCGUCCUCAACGGAUUCUCAAUCGUAUUCGCGAGUAAACACUGAACCAACCACGACAGGCAGACGAACACACUGACCGACCAGCUCCCUCGUGUACCAUGCCCAUUUCCCCCUUCUCUCUGUCAGUUGGCGGCAUGGUGGUGGUAGAGGGUGUGUCGGCCCCCCUGCAGUUCAUGGCGCGCUACCCCGACAUCAACGCAGACGUACUCAUCUUUUGCGUAUGCGGCGCACUCGGGCAGUUCGCGUCGUUCGUGGGCGUGCGGCGUUUGGGGGUGCUGCCCACGACGCUCAUCACCACCACACGCAAGCUCUUCAUGGUGCUGGUGUCGGUGGCCUGGUUCAACACCUCUCUCGCCAUGUCGCAGUGGGCGGCCGUCGCCUCCAUCUUCGUGGCCGUGGUGAGUGAGUGAGAAAACGCCCCAGAGAGAGACGCGCACAGGAGUACGGGCAGACCAGACACGUGUGUGUGUGUGUGUGUGUGUGUGGAUGUCGUUCCUCCCUCAGAUAUGGAAGCACUCUCAGAAGAAAGAGAAGAAGACCAUCCUGCGGUCGGUGUCGACCCCCGACAUCAAGAGCAGGGCCGAGGUGGACGUGGCCGACAUCGGGCCGGCACCCGACCUCUCCCUACCCCUCCCAGCGACAGCCGACCACCCCAUCAAAGGCACCAUGCCGCCCCUCUCUCUCCACCAGCACCCCCUCCCCUCUCUCGAGCUCUCACACCACCAUCACAUGGCCAUGCGCGGCCCCAGAGGCGCCGCAGACGACUCCCUCGUCGUCAGCAAGGGCUCUCGGUUCCUCAACAAUCCGGGGCUGGACGACCCUGCCACGGUCAAUCAGCUCGAGCAGCAGGUGCACUGUCUGCCCAUUUCACCGUCGCACCACGCCGUCCCCCCACCCCAGCAGACCAAGGAGUCGUCGAUGCAGCCCCUGCGGCUGCCCGACUCGGCUGCGUCAAGCACCACCUCAGGCGGCAGCUCCCCCGGGACGGCGGAGAGCGGCCCGCCGAGGAACGCAGAGGCGUCUUCAUCCAUGGCGGCUGUUGGCUCGUGGUCGUCUCUGGUGGUGCGCGUCCCGACGCCUGUGCUUCAGCCGCAGGAGAUUGCCCAUAUUAGCGGUGGCCUGACCGUCCACACGGGCAGGGGUGAUGCACCCCAUGUGGCACCUCCGUUGGAACCGAUACGAAUGUCGAGGACCCCCAGCCCCAUGGUAUGGUAGCACACACACACACACACACACUCACACAGAAGACGCAUACAGACGAUCUGUUUUGCGUGUCUUGUCCUGUGUUUGUUAUGUGCAGCUGCCUGGCGAUGCGGCCGGCGGGCAGGUGUGGCGGCAGUCGUCCCCCCUCCCCCUCAUCCAGCCCCCCAGCGACCUCACCACCCUCCCCCACCCCCUGCCCCACCCCCACGCCUAUCACACCCACACUCACAGCCACCUCGACGAAAUGGUCACGUCGGAUGCAGACCAGCUCCACCACGCGAGGAGGAGGGAAAAGGCGACGGCAGGAGGCGGCGAGAUGCUGCUGGGGCCGGAAGGAGAUGUCGAGAGUGGCGUGAGGUCGGGCCAUGGUCAUCUCAGCGAAGGGGAGGAGGACGAUCAUGGCCACCACCAUGGGCAUCCGUCACUCAUGCAGGCGGCCAAGAGGUCAGUCAGUGAGCCCCAACCACAAAGACCACUUGGACAGCAGACGGAUGCUGCACUGCAUGGGUGUGUAAUGAAUGUGAUUGAUGUGUGUAGGUGGUGGUAUAGCGGCGGUAGCAUCCGGAAGCCGCCCCUCUUACAGGCCUAACCGGCCUGGCCUUGCCGCCCGGUGGCCCUAGGUGGGCUGCCAGGACCACCUACCUAACCUGAAACCAACGCUUGCAAGCAACGCAACAACGCUCACGUCAUCGAUCUGUCUGUCGACAGAUCGCCCCGGCAACUCGACAGUCGUGUCCCCCCCUCGUGUAUAGCAGCGACAAGGACCGACAGGAGAAUCUGUUCUGCCUGCCUGCCUGCUUAGGCAGCCAGCCAGCCGACCAACGUAUUAGUGUGCGUACAGAAAGAACGAACUGACCAUCACUCGUUUUUGCGUCAUGCUCCCUCCACCUACCGAUGGACUCGCUCACUCACUCGUUUCUUUACUUGCUGCCUCUUUUGUUGUGAUGCUUUGCCUGAGGACCGAUCCAUCCAUCCGACCUUCCUGCCGCUAUUGCUCCCUUCCUUGUCCGUGUGUGAGCAUGCGCGUGUGUGUGUGUGUGUGUGUGCAUAACGCAGCGUGUUCAUUCACGGGCCCGAGUUGGAUUAUGUGAUGGCUUAGCGAGACAGUCUGACAGACAGACGGACAGAAAAACGGCGGGCGGACGGACGGACGGAUCGAAGGACUCGGUGAGCGAUAUGCGUGUUCUUGUUGUGUGUGUGUGUGUGCGCGUGUCAUGCGUGGGAUGCAUGUUAUGUGUGGAUCGGAUGGUGGGUGUCUGGCAGAUGUGCUGCUUGUACAGAUGAGUGACUACAUAUGUAAACAUCAUACUGACUGGUGUGGUUGGUACAGUGUGGUAACCUACCUACCUACCUACGCGUGACGUAUGGCGGCUUAUUGGGUGGAUGGCUGAUGUGGCUGCCACAGCUGUCUGUGUACUGGCUGGUACUUGUGCAGCACACAUAGCAUGCAUUCAUUCAUCCAUCCCGCCGUCGUGAGAUCGUUUUCUUAGUCAGUCCACUUGACUUGACUCACUCGCCUAUUAACCUACCUACUGGCAAUUGAGGGCGUGUGUGGGUGUGUGUGUGUAUGUGUGUGUGGAGUGGGUAUCAGCUAAGUGGAUUCGUGUGUGGCUACCAGUCAAAUGGAUUCGUGUCUACGGCGUACUCUACUUCAUUCAUAGUGGAGGCCCUCUCAGGAGGCUUCGGCGAAGGCAAUGAGCAUUAACAGUGUCAGG